GAAGAUGAAAGAAUGCAUGGGUAAGACUUCUUGUGAGUUCUGGCACUCAACAUUUACUAAGAAAUGCUCAUGGGGCAUUCAGAAUGGGACCACAAACGAGGGCCACGAGGAUCACAGUCUUCAGGAACCAGCAUCACUGUGGACAUUGCCGUGAUGGGAGAGGCUCACGGCCUCAUCACUGACCUCCUGGCAGACCCAUCUCUGCCCCCCAACGUGUGCACGUCAUUGAGGGCAGUGAGCAACCUCCUCAGCACGCAACUCACCAUCCAGGCCAUUCACAAGCCCAGGGUGAACCCCAUCGUGUCCUUCAGUGAAAACUACACCUGCUCUGAUUCUGAAGAAAGCUCUGAAAAAGACAAGCUGGCUAUUCCCAAGCGCCUGAGGAGGAGCUUGCCCCCCGGUUUGCUGAGACGAGUUUCAUCGACCUGGACCACCACCACUUCUGCCACAGGCCUGCCCACUUUGGAGCCUGCCCCUGUCCGGAGGGACCGAAGUGCCAGCAUCAAGCUGCAUGAAGCACCUUCAUCCAGUGCUAUUAAUCCAGAUUCUUGGAAAAACCCAGUGAUGAUGACUCUCACCAAAAGCAGAUCCUUCACUUCAUCCUACGCUGUUUCUGCCUCUAACCAUGUAAAGGCUAAAAAGCAAAAUCGACCAGGUUCCCUAGUGAAAAUUUCACCUCUUCCCUCACCCUGUUCUUCACCUCUCCACGGGACCCCCGCCAGCAGCCCAGUCAGCAAAAUUUCUGCAGUGCAGUUUCCAGAAUCUUCCGACGCAACUGCCAAAUCAGGCCUAAGUUCUCACCGGGCCUUAACUUACACACAGAGUGCCCCUGAUCUUUCUCCUCAGAUCCUGAAUCCGCCUGUCAUAUGCAGCAGCUGUGGCAGACCAUAUUCCCAAGGGACUUCUGCCGAUGGGCCCCUGGAAAGAAGUGGGGCGGCCAUUCGGACACCAAGCAGAACAGAUGACAUCACUCAAGUUACCUCUGAUUAUGAAACCAAUAACAACAGUGAUAGCAGUGAUAUAGUACAGAACGAAGAUGAGGCCGAGGGCCCCAGAGAGGCUCUGAGGAAGACGUCGGCUGGCAGCACCUAUGCUCCGGAGACCAUGAUGUUCCUGGACAAACCAAUUCUUGCUCCUGAACCUCUUGUCAUGGAUAACUUGGACUCAAUUAUGGAGCAACUGAAUACUUGGAAUUUUCCAAUUUUUGAUUUGGUGGAAAAAAUAGGAAGAAAAUGUGGCCGUAUUCUUAGUCAGGUAUCAUACAGACUUUUUGAAGACAUGGGCCUCUUUGAAGCUUUUAAAAUUCCAGUUAGGGAAUUCAUGAAUUAUUUUCAUGCUUUGGAGACUGGCUACAGGGAAAUUCCUUACCACAACAGAAUCCAUGCCACGGAUGUCUUACAUGCUGUUUGGUAUCUCACGACACAACCUAUUCCAGGCCUCUCAACUGUGAUUAAUGAUCACGGAUCAGCAAGCGAUUCAGAUUCUGACAGUGGAUUUACACAUGGCCAUAUGGGAUAUGUAUUCUCAAAAAUGUAUAAUGUGCCUGAUGAUAAAUACGGAUGUUUGUCUGGAAAUAUCCCUGCCUUGGAGUUGAUGGCCUUGUAUGUGGCUGCAGCCAUGCAUGACUAUGAUCACCCAGGAAGGACUAAUGCUUUCCUGGUUGCAACGAGCGCCCCUCAGGCGGUGCUCUACAAUGAUCGCUCAGUCCUGGAGAAUCAUCACGCGGCUGCCGCAUGGAACCUUUUCAUGUCCCGGCCAGAUUAUAACUUCUUAGUUAACCUUGACCACGUGGAAUUUAAGCAUUUCCGUUUCCUUGUCAUUGAAGCAAUUCUGGCCACUGACCUGAAGAAGCACUUCGACUUUGUUGCCAAAUUUAAUGCCAAGGUGAAUGAUGAAGUUGGAAUAGAUUGGACCAAUGAAAAUGAUCGUUUACUGGUUUGUCAAAUGUGUAUAAAGUUGGCUGAUAUCAAUGGGCCAGCUAAGAGUAAAGAGCUCCAUCUUCAGUGGACGGAGGGUAUUGUCAAUGAAUUUUAUGAACAGGGUGAUGAAGAGGCCAGCCUUGGGUUACCAAUAAGCCCCUUCAUGGACCGUUCUGCUCCUCAGCUGGCCAACCUUCAGGAAUCCUUCAUCUCGCACAUCGUGGGUCCUCUGUGCAACUCCUACGAUUCAGCAGGACUAAUGCCAGGGAAAUGGGUGGAAGACAGUGAUGAGUCAGGAGACACGGAUGACCCGGAAGAGGAGGAGGAGGAAGCACCAAAUGAAGAGGAAACCUGUGAAAAUAAAGAAUCUCCAAAAGGUUCCAGUGCUGAACAAUUUGGCUCCCAAUACAGGCAUGCUUUAGACCACCUGCGGACUCUAAUCUACGCAAAUUUAUUUGGAAAGAAAAUUUUCAAAAGGAGGAAAGUCUACUGUCAAAUAACUCAGCACCUCCUGCAGAACCACAAGAUGUGGAAGAAGGUCAUUGAGGAGGAGCAGCGGUUGGCGGGCAUAGAGGACCAGUCCCCCCAGCAGCAUCCCUCAGAACAGAUCCAGGCCAUCAGGGAAGAAGAUGAAGAAAAGGGGAAGCAGAAAGGAGAGGAGACCCCAGUCCCAAAGCCAAACCAGUGACAAUGGAUAGAAUGAGCUAUGUUUCCAAACAGAGUUACUUGUCACACAGACUCUUUUCAAGCCAGCACAACACUUAGACACAGCACUGUAGAAAUACAAGAAGAUGGGCAAAUGGCGACGGCAUUUUGGGAUUCUUCGCGUUUUAUGUGUUUAUUUUUACAGUGAGGUACAGGAUUUAAAAAACUGUUGCUCAGAGAAGCUUUCACAUUGUAACACCAGCUUCCAAGGAUUUUUUUUUUUAAAGAAGUAUAUACGUGUGUGUGUAUAUAAGCUCUCACGUAGAUCCAUGUAAAACAUAUUCACAGACACACAUGCAAACACACAGACACUCUGAAAGCUGGGAUUCCUGGCCCCACAGUUUAGUAACGUUCAUAUUAAGAUAUAUAGUGGUCACUGUGAUAUAAUAAAUCAUAAAGAAAAAAAAUGAAGGAAAGCAAAUCACAAAGGAGAUGGUGUGGCUUAGCCCAGAAGCAGUACAGCAAAUGAAGUUAUGACUAAGGAGCGUUUGCUCUUAGUCCUGAGGGAUGAAAGUUCCAGAGCAUUGGUUGAAUUCUGGUACAUCCUGCCAACAUUGUAGGCAUGUGUGUGAGAAAGAAGUGAUGCUCAGGUGUAUGUACGUUUGUGUGCACCUAAAGAGAGAAUUGGCUUUGGUCGUUCACAGCAUGGCUGCAGCAGACAAUUCAGCACAGGUGAACAAACAGGAUGAAGUGUGCUCUGGAGAGUCUCCGCCUCUAUUUGGCUUCAGCUGAAGCCCCUUUGCAGACGGAGGGAAUUAGCAGGAUGAGGGACAGGGCCACAGGUCUGGUUCUCCUGCUGUCACCAGCCUUAAGCCCGGAAGACUGAGGCAAUUUCCGGUCUAGUCGCCGAGUGAAUGUAUAGGAGCCGUUUGUGAGUAUGUCUGUCGUUCACCUGAGAUCAAUUCCCCAUGGAAGGGGAUGGCAUUCUUUACACAGAAACACCUCAGAAGGAGCAGUCGGGUCUUUUCAUCAGGUGAGAAUUCUAAAAGGUGGUCAGAAAAGACCUGGGAAAUGACUCUUCACUGGGCUCUCCCAUGUCUUACUUUGCUGCAAAAUGUGUGGUAGAAAAAGAAAGGAAGGCAAACAGAAACCCACUCUGGGACAGAUGGUGAGAGAUGAAGGGGAAAUUUUUCAACCUAGGGUUUGGUAUUUAUUGACAUAGUGAAAGCCUGAUUCUUGGCGGCUGUUGAAGGUUGGCUUUUAGUUGGCUAAAGUUGCACGGACAACCCUGUUGUAUUCCAUGAGGGGUGUGAUGGGGUGGCUUAUGUCCGCAACCUGGCCCAUUGUCAUGUUUCUUUUGGCAGGGAGGACUCAAGAGGGAUUUGGGGGGGAUUGGGCCUAUCAUUGAAAGUCUUUUUUUGUUUGUUUUUGGUUUAUCUACACUUGUUUAUGCUGUGAGCCAAACCUCUAUUUAAAAAGUUGAUACUCACUUUCAAUAUUUUAUUUCAUAUUAUUAUAUAUUUGUCAUUAAUAGUUACCUUGAUGUAAAUAUAAAGAUUUGUUUGUGUUUCUGUAGAUAGUUAACUUUUUUUUAAAGGGAAAAGGGAAACAAUUUUAUAAAGUUCUAUUUUAAUCACCAUUUUUAUACAUUGUAGCUAUCUCCAAGCCCAGUAAGAGUGAUGGUUCAUUUGCAUGAGGUCUAUGAACACCCACUCAUCUACCUGUUCUAAUUUAAAUAAUCAUCUGAUACAGUUAUUUUAUGCCAAUUAAAUGAGGAUGCUGCAAACAACAUUUUUUCACUAGUAAGUAACUUCGGGUAACUCUUGGAUCCGUGUCUCCCUAGCAAAAGACCAUCUUAAUCCUGAAUGUUUAUAAUCAGUGUCCCUUUCUUCCCAAGAAUUUUUGCUUAUCAUUUUUCCUACAGUACAGUACUAUAGUCAAGCCUGUUCAUCAUCUAAACAACCUUAGCUUCAAGUAAAUCUAGCUUGUAAUUUCUACUUUUUGUUUCUUCUAAAAUCAUAGAAAAGAGUGUUUACACUGAAAAUGCCUUUGUUUCUCAUGAAUGGAUACUCUUCCCUUUUAAAACAAUGAUUAUACAAUAAUCCAUGGCAUUCUUAAAGUAAGGCAAAGAUAGUACAAUCAAAAAUAAAGUUUCAAGGCAACUUUCCCAAUAAGUAGGAAAAUAUGAAAAUGAUCAAAUGGAUGUAGAUUCUACCUAAAUGAGGUUUUUUUUUUUUUUCUGGUUAAUACCAGGUCUUCAUUAUUUAGGACUUACUUUUUUUUGUUCCCCCUUGUAUUGCCUGUCUGUCCCUAUGUUUGCAAAACUUACUGUGAGUCAAAUACAUUUGCCAAGCAAAUUUAACUAUUUUUCUUUCGUUGCAAAUAACAGAAGGAUUUAGAAAAGCACUUAUAUUCACAUACCUCUUGUGUCUAAUUACUUAACAAAGCUAAUCUUUUCCCCUUGCUCCAAAUGCCAUAAAUAUAAAAGUGAAGGGAAAGAAAUAGGUGCUGAGGAGGUUGAAUGGCAGCAAAAUACUUCUGAAUCCAUAACCGUGUAUUGGUGGUUUCAUCAAAGCUCCAAUGUAGGUAACCCCAAGUAGGAGCCAACCUGGCUGCCAGAGCAGAAGUCUAAGCACGUGGCCUGAUUUUCCUUUUGUUUGAAGUACGUGAAAUAAUGAUAGCCAAAGCAGUGAGAACCUCUUCAUUCCAGAAAUGUGCUCAUCAGUCCAGGCAGAUUAACCAUUUGUUCUUCCAAGAUAAAUUGUCCAUGUGUUAAAGCUAAAAGUCAGUUCAAAAAAAGGAAUGGAGAUUCAUCAAGUGUGUGACUUUCAGACACCCCCCACCUAUAUCCCAAAGGAUGCCGAGGGCCGUGAAAAGAUACUUUCUGCUAGUGAUGGUCUCCCUGUCCUUGGUGACAGCAAUAUUACAGUGUUCCCUUCCAGCUCCAAAGCUUACUUCCUGUGGUGCCAGUGUAUUUGUUGCGAUUUACUACAUUUUUAUAUGAGCCUAAUUAUAGGUGCCAUUAGAUAAACUCAGGUCUUACAAAGGAAGGAAUGUCUAGCCCUUAUACAGAGAAGGAGAACUGUAUGGACAGCCAUGAAGUUAAUGGUAGGAAAAGUAGGAAUUGGUGACCUUGAUGCUUGUGGUUGCUCUCUGUUCAGUAAAAGACCAGGUAUACUAAAUGUGUCACCAAUAUCAUUUCCUGCAUGCUGAUAGAAUGUCUUUCUGGUUAUCAAUCUAAGCCAACCCUGAGGAUAUAUUGUUUCCUUGGUGAAAACACCAUGUUAGCAUAUUUUAAAACUAUAAUUUGUUUUGGUAAUUUACAUAAGACCUGGUUUUGCUCUUAGUCGAAAAUGAAGACAGUAGCUCUGUCUAGGGAUUUAUCUAUGUUGGUCUUCAUCUGAGAAGUGAAGGAAUUUCCUCAUAUUAUGUUUAACAAAAUAUCUACUUUCUAAACACAAAAAUCCCCAUUAUGUCUAUUCUGUUUUGAUGGAAUUCCAGAACAAAUCCUAACCAUUGCAGUCCCAGUAAAACUAAAGAUAAGGCAUUGUAUGUCAAGCAGGCUUCAUUGCACGUCUGUAUUGCCAUUUCCUCACGCCCUUGCCUCUCUAAGAUUUGCAGUGUCCCUGUCACCUUCCCAGAGAACUUUCACUGAAGGUAAAAGCUGUGCAAAAGGCAUGAGACUCAGGCCUAUUCUUUGUUUAAAUGAUGAAAAAAUAUAAAUUAUUUUCUAAGUAAUAAAGAUAUGAAAAUUAUCAUUGUAAAUAAAGUCUAAAGUUUGAAACAACUGCUUUAUAAAUGUGAACUAUUUGUGUUAUGGACAACUAGCAAGUGAUGAGUCAAAAAAAACAUUUCUUUUCUGCUUUAGGAGGUAUCUUGGAUGCUUUCAUGUUAGUAUAGGGAUCUCCACUGUCCUUGUCAUUUACGAAAUUUCUAAAAUAAUAGUGAAAGCCACAAUAAGGGUCUUAUAAUCCUACUCUUCCAUUCUAAGUCUGAUUCCUGCUUAAUACUUUUCCUUUUUUCAAACUGGCAGACGACUCCAGUAAAACAGAGUCUGUACACUUUCAUAGUCUAGAGUUAAUAUAAUUCUCCAUGUAAUAAUCAGCUAGUGAAUGUGGGGGAAAAAAAAUCAAUAAAAUUUCAAAUGCUAAUAGCUCACGUCCUGAUAUCUGAGUACUACAAUGUCUAUAUACUCUCAGACCAAACUGAAUUCCUUUCAUCUGCCUUCUGUCCUAAUAUGCAACAGAAUACUGCAUAACCAUUGUCCUAGGUCAUUCAUUUCUCUCAUGAUUUCUCUAUGAAAUAAAAGCAUGACCUUGCUGAUACUGUCUGUCCACCCAAAUGGAACUCUAGACCAGGGUCUUUCCUGGUGAUCCAGUGGUUAAGACCCCAUGCUUCCAAUGCAGGGGGGGCGUGGUAUGGGUUCAUUCCCUGGUCGGCAAAGAAAGAUCCCACGUUCUGCCCUGCAUGACCACACGCUCCCUACCCCCUGCCAAAAUAGAACAAUUGGCCAUUUUAGGUGACAGACAUUCUGGAAUUAAACUAUGUUUAGCAUUUCUAAUCAGAGGGAACUAUACCAGUUUUAGGUCUUAUAUUCAUUUGUUCCUCCAGAAAAUACUCAAAUUCUUAAUGUGAAUUUGGGGAUAAAGUAAUUAACUAUAAGCACUGAGUCAAACUAUAAGCAGUGCAUUAGAUAAUGAAUUUAAAUUGAGGUUUGCAUAAGUAUUUGUGGUUUCUCACUAGUGAGCCAUGGCUUGAGAAGAACAAGGAUGUGUUUUUCAAUCUAUAUUAUGCACCAGAGAUGUUAGCUAAUUUGUGCGGCCAUGUAACAUAUUUCAUUUGUUAAAAUGAUGCUGCUUUUACCUCAUCUGAACUGAUCUUUAUGUUCACACUAUCAAAUCAUUCUAACAGUUGGUUAACAAUGGUGACAAAAAAUAAUUGAACGUUUUGUUGUUAAAUAUGUCUAAAUAUAGAAAACUGAAGAUUAAGGCAUUAUUUAGUUGGUGAAACUCAAUAUCAUGAUCCAAAAAAUACUGAUCUGGUAUAAGUUGUUUUUAUAUUCCAUACGGUAAGACUGUACGGAAUUUUGACACGUGCUUAGGGCUCUUAUGAAUCCAAAUUCCCCAUCUAAAGGCAGCUAGUUAUUUUCCCUGUCAUAAGGUUGAUUAUAUUGAUAGGCUUUGGUAUCAUGGAUUUCUACGUCCCUGAGGAGUUGUGGAGCAAAGAAGAAAAGGCAGGCCUUAUUAUUGAUAAGAAUACUGAAUAUGUCCAUGUUCAGACAAAUUUUCUCAAUUGUUUCACAUUAAGAAGUGAUUCUUUAAUCAUGCACAUAAUUCAAACAAAAAAUUUUUCAAAGAGAAUAAUAUUAAAUCAUCAUACAUACCAUCAAGAAUAUUAAAUUUCAGUAUUUGAAACAAAGCUUUUAAUACUUCUAAUCAAUUAAAAUGAAACCCACAAAAUGAUAUUUCAUAGUGUAGAGAUGCUAAAUGUUUUGAUAUAAUCAGAACUACUAUUAUGUAACAGAAAACUAGAAAAAAAUAUUUAAUUCUUUUUCUAAUACCCUGUAUGCCUCAGGAAGGAAAAUAUUUUAUGAAGAGUCUAAUAAAUACAUGAAAUAGAUAAAAAUAAAUUUAGUUCCCAUAAUUUAAUUAGAUUUAGGGUAUAGAGUCUGAAUUAUCCCAAGAAAGAGAAAUGCAUUAUCUAGCAAUUUGUCGUGGUUUAGGUUGUUUUAAGAUAAAUGUUAGUCACUCAGGCGUGCCCAACUCUGCGACCGCAUGGACUGCAGCCCACCAGGCUCCUCUGUACAUGGGAUUUUCCAGGCAAGGAUACUGGAGUGGAUUGCCAUUUCCUUCUCCAGGGGACCUUCCUGACCCAGGGAUCGAACCAGGGUCUUCUGCGCUGCAGGCAGAUUAUUUACCAACUGAGCUAGGACAGAAGUCCUUGUUUUAAGAUAAAUGAUUUACCAAUGUAGAUUGUAUUUCAUUAAAUUCUAACACAGUUAAGAACCCAAAUGCUUAUCUUCAUUACUGAGAAAAAUUAAAUCUUACUAAUCUUUCACAGAGCAAGCACUGACCAAUCAAUAAACCACACACACUACAUUCAUCUGCCAAGACUGAUCAAAUAGUAGGUUAAAAUUUGAAAUUCACAAAUAUAAAAGUAAUUUAAAAAAUAUUUUUAAAGCAUAAAUGCUUUAAAAUUUUGGUGUCAGUAGAAAUACCCAUUUCAGAUGAAACACACAAAUUCUUUGACCAAAAAAAGUCAAAUUAUAGGGGAAAAGUAUAACUUAUUUCCAAUUUUACUUGUCUAACUCAAAAUCUGUACAGGAAAAAUCCAUCAGAAAUUCUCUUCUCCCAUGAUAAGGAGAAAGAGUACUUUCACCUCGUUUUAAUGCACCACACCUAGUUUCAUCUUACAGCCCAAUGGUACUAAAAACCAAAAAAGAAAAAAAAAAGCGGUGGAUUGGGAGUGAACACUGCCUAAAACUUGAAGGCUCAUCCCAGGACCCCUCUCCAUCUUUUUUGUGGCAAACCAAUUUAGUUCUUAGUCACUCUAGAGCAAAGGGACUUAAUGGAUCCAUAUUUCAACCCUGACUUCUUUCACAGUCAGCACUUACACACACAUUUUGCAAUGUGAACUAGCCCUUAGCUGCUUGAAUACUUUUUGAAGGGAGGGAUUUUUUUUUAAUUCUAGUAAUUUUUCUUGCUAUAUAAUAACAGAAUAUUCAUAUAGUUUAAUGUGAAAUUAAAAGUAAUUAUCUAAAGAUGUUUUCUUUGUGUAUAUCAGUUGUUUUAGUUGAUAGAAUUUUCCAUCACUUUUCUUUUGAGAACUGAUCAUAUUUAUGACUCAAAAAUGCAUAUUAUACCAGAUAUUUCAUUUUAGCUAUGUAUAAGCAUAAUCCAGUACUACAGUAUUUCUAUCUUUAAAUAACAACCCUGACAUACCUAUUUAUCACCUGUCAGUGGAGUUUCAAUGGCUUGACAUUAAGUAUAUAUUUGUUAAUUAGUUUAAAAAAAUCACUAUUUUAAUACUCUGUAAAAUAUAUGCAUGGGAUGUUUUGCUAUAUUUGCUUAACUGGUGCAGUUUUUGCCAUUUAUGAAUGUCAGUUCAUUUCCUAAUACAUUCUCACAGAAGAAUGCAUACCAUUUCUAUUUCAACAAGAAUAGUGUGUUAGUUGACAAGCACUGGAAAUAAAUUAUCUCUAAUUCCAAUUACCCCCUUAUAUUUCUUCCUACAGAUAUUUUUGUCAUACAAAUCACAAAAUGAAAUUGGUGCUCUUUCAGAUAUUCUGAAAUUCACAAUGCAAAAUAAUGAAAACAGGACUCUCCCUGGCUUUUUAUAAUAAUAUUAAGAUAUGCAACUGAAAGAACUUUAAUUCAGAGUAUUUUGGGUUUUGACUGGUUUGGUUAAAUUGAUUUGGGUUUUGGUGUUAAAAUAUGUUGUGAUUCUUGGUGGGGCAGUUGCUCUGAUCAGUCAUUACCUCUUCCUGACAAAAACUUUCAUUGGAAAGUUCAAAUUAGCAUGUCCCAAGUAUUUGUCUCCAUAUUAUUUUUAAACCAGAGAGUAUUGGAUUAAUUUAAUUUAGUAUUCCUAAAAAGCAAUAUUUUCAAAUAACUACCAAAGUAACACUGUAAGGGAUGUCAUUUGUACAUGAUGAUUUUUAACAAUGUAAUGCUCAUCAAUCUUGACCAACCUGAAUAUGUUUGUUAAUAACUUUCCAAAUUUAUCAACUUUUAAAAACAAGAGAAUGAGGCAUUGAACUUAAGUGAUCAUUUCGCAGUUGAAAUAAAUCUUGUCUUCUCACCUGUAUAUUGCACUUAAUAUAUGUAGCAAUACUUUGUAUUGUCCUAUAACAAGUAUUUGUUAAGUGACUUAGUUAAUGACUGAUAAAUGUUUUGUAAAAAGUAGAAUCUGUACAGAAAAAAAAAUUAGAUAAAUUGUAUUUAUUUUUAUUAUUUUUUAGCUUAGACACUAUAAUGAUGCUCCUUUUUGGCCAGAAUUACUGGAAGUGCCUCUUGGUUUUAUAUAUAUAUAUAUAAAUGUUAUAGUAAAUAUAUACUCAAAAUUAUUAGAAUUGUGUCACAGAUGAUUGAUGUGGAUGUUACAAUGUGAAGACAAUGUAUAAUAUAAAUAUUCUGUGGUAUCA